AUGGCUAACCAGGCUUCUUGGAUUCCCGCACCCACCAAGCAGGUGUCUGUUGGUCCUGCCGAGACUUACACUCCUGGCCCCAACGAGCUGCUCGUCAAGAUCAACAGUGUCGCCUUCACUCCCAUCGAGGCCAAGAUUCAGAAAUUUGGCACCCACCCCAUCCCUUACCCCAACAUUCUCGGUACCUCAUACUCUGGUACUGUCGAGACUGUCGGUGAGGGUGUCACUGGCUUCGCGAAGGGCGACCAUGUCGCAGCCAUCCGAUCUGGAAAGACACUCGCAGACCCCCGCUUCGGUGGCUACCAGAAAUUUGCCCUUGCGCCUCUCAACUCCACCGCCAAGAUCCCCAAGUCCGUCCCCUUCAACGGCUCCUCUUCCACCAUCAUCAACCUUGCCGCCAUCACCUCAGCCCUCAGCAUCCACCUGGGCCUUGAGCGUCCCCCUCUAUCCGGCACCGCCUCUCCCAAGAACAAAAAAGUCUUGAUCUACGGCGGCUCCAGCUCCUGCGGUGGUCUCGCCGUCAAGUAUGCUUCCACUGCCGGCUACGAAGUCAUCACCACCUCCUCCAGCCGCAACAAGGACUUCGUGCAGUCCCUGGGCCCAGCCACCAUCAUCGACCACGAGCAGGAUCCCGCCUCCGUCGUUGCCGACCUCAAGAAGUACGGCCCGUACGAUGCCGUCCUUGAUACCAUCGGUCUCCCAGGGCCCACUGCCAUCCUUGUUGAGUAUUUCGAGUCCCUUGGCGGUGGCGCCUACAACACUAUGAUUCCCCCGAUCCCAGGAACCCGCGCCAUUCCCGACAAUGUCAAGAGGAUAUUCGCGCCCUACAGCUUUGCCUUCGACGAGCCUGAGCACAAGCCCCUUGCUCAAUGGUUGUACGAGGAGUACCUCCCCAAGGGUUUGGAGAGCGGUCUUAUCGUGCCGACUAGACAGCACGUCGUCACUGGCGGUUUGGAGAAGGCACAGGAGGUUCUUGACUUGAUGAACGAGGGUGGUGUCAGCGGAAAGAAGCUGGUCUUGGACCCUUGGGAGACCAGCGCCCCGUAA